AUGUCUGAAGAAUCACAACGUGCUAUGGAUGAGGAGGUGGGAAGUCAUGCCCCCUCAGAACCUGUUGAGCUAGUAGUUGCAUCAGCUCCUCCUAGUGAAGAUAGGCCAGGACAGGAUGCAUUUUUACAACAGCUAGCAGAUAUGUUUAGACGAGUUUCAGGGUCAGCACCUCAGGUGCUACCACCAGUUGUAGUACAUGUGCAGGCUCCUGCUAGACCACCAAUAGACAAGCUUAGAAAAUAUGGAGCUAUCGAAUUCAAGGGUAGAAGAGAAGAUGAUGCUCCAACAGCAGAGUACUGGUUGCAACAUGAAAAGAGAAGAGAGUUCAUGUAUUUGAGACAGGGCAUGAUGACUGUUAGCGAGUAUGAAAAAGAUUUCAUCAGACUGUGUAAGUAUGCCCGGGAAAUGGUGCCUACAGAGGAAGCUAAAUGUAAGAAAUUUGAGCAGGGUUUGCAUAGUGACAUUAGGGUGCUUUUGGCAGCCCAUCCCAUCAGAGAGUUCUCUACUCUGGCACCUAUAAAGAGACAAAGGGGUGCCCAGCCAUCAGGGCAGAGUCAGGUACAGAGACAAAGACAGCCACCAGCGCAGAGUUUUGCAGGGAGGUUUGGGCAGCAAACUAGUACUAUUGUAGCCAGUUCAAGAGGCGGAGGCAAGGGACAAUACCCUGUAUGUGAGCACUGUGGUAGAAGGCAUUUGGGACUCUGCAGAAAACUGACAGGGGCUUGCUUCAGGUGUGGAUCUACUGAGCAUCUUAUGAGAGACUGUCCUAGGGGACAAGUAUCAUCAGCACCACCUGUAGAGAGGCAUAUUCCUGCUGGAUCUAGAGGAAAAGGAAAUGGUAGAGGUAAUCAAACAGGGGUAGCUUCAACCAGUCAGAGGGUGUCUGAAAUAGUAGAUAGACCAGAAUUCAGAACACCUGCUAGAGCCUAUGCUAUCAGGGCUAAGGAGGACAGGGACUCCCCAGAUGUGAUUGUUGGUACAUUCUCAAUCUUUGAUAAACCUGUACAUGCAUUGAUAGAUCUAGGAUCAACACAUUCAUACAUAUGUUUACCCAUUACAAAUGAGGGGAAAUUACAGGCAGAUUCUCUAAAUCAAGAUAUAAUAGUAACCAACCCCCUUAGUCAUAGUGUGAUAGCAUCGGGUAAUAGUGGAUUGCAGAUCAAAAAAAUUACAUUGAAAACACUUGCAGAUCACAAUGUUGUAGUUGUAGGGGAGAGGUCAGAUUACCUGUCUAAUAUUAUAUCAACCGCUACAGUUAGGAGAUUAAUUAGUAAGGGUUGUGAAGCCUACUUAGUCUUUGCACUUGAAACCAAAAAGGAGAAUCCAGGUGUGCAUGACAUAUCCACAGUGUGUGAUUUCUCUGAUGUUUUUCUUGAUGAUCUUCCCGAGUUACCACGAGAGAGAGAGGUGGAAUUUUCCAUAGAUGUUAUACCAGGCACCACACCUAUCUCUAUUGCUCCUUAUAGGAUGGCACCUAUCUCUAUUGCUCCUUAUAGGAUGGCACCUACUGAAUUAAAAGAGUUAAAAAUACAACUACAGGAAUUCCUUGACAAGGGUUUCAUACGACCUAGUAUUUCACCUUGGGACACACCUGUGUUGUUUGUAAAAAAGAAGGAUGGGACACUAAGAACUCGAUAUGGACACUAUAAAUUUCUCGUUAUGCCUUUUGGGUUGACUAAUGCUCCUAUAGCUUUUAUGGAUCUGAAGAACCGCAUCUUCCAUCCCUACCUAGAUCAGUUUGUAGUAGUGUUCAUAGAUGAUAUCUUAAUAUACUCAAAGACUAAGGAAGAUCAUGAUCAACAUUUAAGGAUAGUAUUACAGACUCUGAGAGAGAAACAACUUUAUGCCAAGCUUAGUAAAUCUGAAGGAAUCAGAGUAGACCCUAAAAAGAUAGAAACUAUCCUUGAAUGGAAACCACCUAAGAACAUAGCAGAGCAUAGGAGUUUCCUGGGUUUGGCUGGAUACUAUAGGCGGUUUGUAAAGGGAUUUUCAAUCAUUGCUGCCCCAUUGACUAAAUCGCUGCAUAAAAAUGUUAAGUAUGACUGGGAUGAAAGAUGCCAGAAGAGUUUUGAAAAGCUUAAACAGAUGCUUAUAGAGGCACUUGUCCUUACACAACCAGAGUUGGGUAAAGAUUUUGUGAUCUACAGUGAUGCCUCACAUAAUGGACUGGAUUGUGUACUCAUGCAGGAGGGGAAGGUAGUUGCUUAUGCUUCAAGACAAUUAAAGCCGCACGAAAAGAACUACCCUACCCAUGAUUUAGAGUUAGCAGCCAUAGUCUUUGCAUUAAAGAUAUGGAGCCAUUACUUUAAGGCUAAUCUGGUAGCAGAUGCACUCAGUAGGAAAUCCUUAGCAGCUCUGAGAGUUUUGAAUGCUCGUUUAUCUUUAGCUAAUGAUGGGGCUAUCAUAGCAGAACUAAAGCUGAGACCCAAUCUACUUCAACAAGUCCAGGAAGUACAAAAAGGGAAUACCGAAAUAGCUUUGUGGAUAAGACAAGUCCAAGAGGGGAAAAAGCAAAAACAUGUGGUUCGGGAUGAUGGCUAUUUGUAUUAUAAAGGUAGAAUAUGUGUACCUAAUGUUGAUGACCUGAGUGUUGGAAAAUCUAGAGAUUAUUGCAACCCAAAGGCGCAGCGGAAAAAUAAAAUUUCUCGGAUUUCCUUUUCCCAUAAUCCGAAUGCUUUGUUUAUUUCAUAA